AGUAAGUAGUUUAAUGUAAAUUGUAGUCAAUACCUGCUUUAUAAUCAUUAAUUUAUUCUUCUUGUGACUUGUUCGUAUCACCGAUCAAUAUUUACUCACAUUAUUAUUGUUUCCAACAGAACACAACUACGGCCGAAACAUAUCUAAUUAUAAUUUUAUAUUUAUUUUAAAUUGUUCUCCUAUUUGUACAGAAUUUUAUAAAAAUUUCACUGUGAACAUGUUUUGCGAAAAAAAAACAAAUGUCCUAUUAUAUAAGUGAAUGGAUAAGCUUUCUUUUACACAGGCAUGGACUUCAACACGUUACUCUAUCAAGCACAAAAAAAUAAUAACAAAGACAGUUAUGUCAACUAUUUUAAAGCAUCGUUGGAUCCUCCGAAAAAAGAGGCUAAGGAAAAAAAGUUAUCGGAUAAUAUAAAACGGUUUUUAGUUAAAAAGGAGGAAGAGGAUAACAAAAAGAAAUUGGAAGAGAGAAAAAAGAAAGAGGAAUUAUUAUCACUUCGCAGUCAAGAUAAGAAAUCAUUCAAACGUGUGCAGUCUAUGUUGAAUCGUACUAAAUCAGCAAACAAAGCCGUUAUAGACGAUGCCAAAGAUGAUGUUAAUACUUCAGUUACCAUUGCAGGCUAUCAACAACCUGACGAAGAUGACUAUGGCUAUGUUUCAAAAGAUGCUAUGGAUAUUUACAAUAAUAUUGUAAACAAAUAUGUUAAUACACCUGCAGAUUCAAGAAGUUCCAGAGUAGCUAAUCAUAAAUCAUGCGACAUCUCCGGUACAAAAGAUCGUGUAAAAGCAGCAUUGUUGAAAGAAGAAGAGGAUUUACUAUUGCCGCACAAACGGAAAAGAAAAACAAAAGAACAUGAAAAUGGUGAUGACCCACUGAGUGAUACAGAACCACCACAACAGAAAAAAAAUAAAUCUGAUAUGAGUUCAGAUAAACAUAAAAAACGACCUCCUCAACCUCCCCCUUUAAAUUUUCAAGAGCUACUCAAAAUUGCUGAGCAGAAACAACAUGAACCAGUUGUUGUUGAAAAAAAAGUUAAAGACAAUAUGACGCCAAUGAUGACUAAAAAAGAGCGAGAAAAAUAUUUAGAAGAAAAAAAAUUAGAAGAAAUGAGAUUAGCUCGUCGGCAAGGCAGAGUUGUGACAUCAUCAUCCGAUAAUAAAUCUAGAGAGUCAAAACAGAUGGAGAAAAUAAAAAAGCCAAUACCUUCUUCGACUAAAGUUGAUGUACAAGCCGAAGAGAAAUUAAAAAAAAGUUCAUCCGUUUGGGCAAAAAAUCUAAAAACUAGCAACGAACUCGAUAUCAACAAAAACAAGUAUAUUCCACGGCAAAUAAAUAGUUCUGAAAUGAGAUCCAACGGAACUCAUGACAAAUACAGUUCUAAAAGUUUAUUAGAAAAACGUGUACAGAAGGAAAAGAAGUAUGAUUCUAUAGAUGAACGGUAUUCACCAAAACCAAAAGUUACAUCAUCACACAAUGAAAAAUAUGUACCUAGGAGUAAAUCAAAUUCUUAUUCUGAUGAUAAAUACUACCAAACUUCAAAAUCUUCUGAUGAUAAAUAUGUGCCUAAAUGCAGAGCAGAUGAUAAAUACUUAUCAAAACCCAAAAUAGACCAAUAUUCACCUAAACCUAAGAGUUUAUCUGCCGAGAAUAAAUAUUUACCCAAAUCCAAAUCAAGCCAAUAUUCACCUAAACCUAAGCAUAGCAGUUUAUCUGCUGAUGAUAAGUAUUCACCUAAGCCUAAGAGUUUAUCUGCUGAGGAUAAAUAUUCACCCAAACCUAAAAUAAAUCAAUAUUCACCUAAAUCCAAGAGUUUAUCAUCUGCUGAUGAUAAGUAUUCACCUAAACCCAAGAAUUUAUCGGCUCGUGAUAAAUAUUCACCUAAACCUAAAACUAUAUCCUCUGGUAAUAAAUAUACCAUAACACCCAAGAAUUCGUCUUCUAGCAAUAGAUAUUCACCUAAACCCAAAAGUUCGUUAUCUGGCAAUAGAUAUUCAUCACAAUCUAAUAAAAAUGAAAAAUAUGUGCCCAGCUCAAAGACAGUGUCUGACGAUAGGUAUUCACCAAAACCUAAAAACAUACAAAAUACCGAGAAAUAUGUGCCCAAUUCACAAAAUGGUUCAUCUGCCAGUAAAUAUCCUCAAUCCAAAACCAAGUUACCAUCAAAUGAAAAACCUCUUCCUAGAGCCGGUAUGUCAUCUCAAGACAAGAGCUACAAAUCAAAAUCUGCAACUGCACACGAAAAAUAUGUACCUACAGUAGUCAAUAAGUCGAAAACAUUACCACCUAAUGUUAUGAAGCCAAAACAGUUCCCUCCUAAAGAUAUAGCGCCAAAGCAAUUCCCCCCUAAAGAUAUGAUGCCUAAACAGUUCCCACCAAGAGAUAUGAUGCCUAAACAAUUCCCACCAAGAGAUAUGGUAUCGAGACGGUUCCCUCCCGAAGACGUCAGGCGAAGACCUGAUCAUUCUAUGUCGAUUCGCAAUAAACGUCAAGUCAUUGAAUCGGAUUCAGAAGAGUAUGACUCUGAACUAGAUGACUUUAUUGAUGAUGGCCCAGAAGAAGAGGCAGACUACUCGAAAGUGAUUUCUGAAAUAUUCAGAUAUGACAAAUCAAAGUAUAGAGGAAUGGAUGACGAUGAUGAUGAAUGUAUGGAAUCCGAUUUCCGUACACUUCAAAAAGAAGAAUACCGUAGCACAAGAGCUGGUUUACUGGAGGAUCUAGCAGAUAUAAGAAGAGAAAAGCAAAUGAUGAAAAAACGAAAAAAAUAAUAUUAUUGUCUCAGUAAUUAUUUAUUAACAAAUAAUUGGUAAUAUUUUAGGACAUAUUUCCACUUAUAUUCUAGAAAUUAAUUGACAACCCCUUAAUAAUAACUUACUUAAUUUUUUCAUUUACUGUUACCACUUACCGUUGUAUAUAUUAUUAGGUUACUUACUAGUAUUACUAGUAUUUUAUUUAAAUUAUUUUGUUUCAAACCACUUAUUAUUGUUCAUUUUUUAAUGAAGUUAUAAAGUUAUUUGCAUGAUACGUAUAAAUCAUCAUCAAUAUUAUUUCUUUACAUUUUUAUAAUUUUAUAAAAAAAUUUGUUUUCCAAUUCAUAAUCCCACGUUUGUAACAU